CGAGGCCGCCGCCGCCGCCCAGGCCCAGGCCGGAGCCGCCCGCCCGCCGCGCCCCGCGGCCCGGCCCCGCGCCCGCCAUGUCGGCCCAGGCCCAGAUGCGGGCCCUGCUGGACCAGCUCAUGGGCACGGCCCGGGACGGUUCAGUGUAUCUUUGCCUGCCUACAUCAAUCUGCAAGGGAGUUGCAGAAAAGCCUCAUGUUCAUCGAGCCGAGAUGAAACCAGACAAAGGGUGAAGUUUACAGAUGAUCGUGUUUGCAAGAGCCACCUUCUGGAUUGCUGUCCUCAUGAUAUCCUGGCUGGAACACGAAUGGACCUGGGAGAAUGUACAAAGAUCCACGACUUGGCACUGCGAGCAGAUUAUGAGAUUGCAAGUAAAGAGAGAGACCUGUUUUUUGAGCUGGAUGCGAUGGAUCAUCUGGAAUCCUUCAUCGCGGAGUGUGAUAGGAGAACAGAACUGGCCAAGAAACGCCUGGCUGAGACACAGGAAGAGAUCAGUGCUGAAGUGUCUGCAAAGGCAGAGAAGGUGCAUGAGCUGAAUGAAGACAUUGGAAAACUCCUAGCUAAAGCUGAACAGCUGGGAGCUGAAGGAAAUGUUGAUGAGUCUCAAAAGAUCCUGAUGGAAGUGGAGAAAGUCCGAGCGAAAAAGAAAGAGGCAGAGGAAGAAUACCGAAAUUCAAUGCCUGCAUCCAGUUUCCAGCAGCAGAAGCUGCGUGUGUGUGAAGUCUGUUCAGCAUAUCUGGGUCUCCAUGACAACGACCGGCGUCUUGCUGACCACUUUGGAGGCAAAUUACACUUGGGUUUCAUUCAGAUUCGUGAGAAACUGGAUCAGCUGAGGAAAACAGUGGCAGAAAAGCAAGAGAAGAGAAACCAGGAUCGUUUGAGACGGAGAGAGGAGAGAGAACGAGAGGAGAGAAUGGGCAGGCGGUCUGGAUCAAGAAAUAGAGAUCGUCGAAGAUCACGGUCUCGGGAUAGGAGGCGGAGACGCUCGAGAUCAGCUUCCCGUGAACGGCGGAAGUCUCGCUCCCGGUCCCGAGACCGACACAGACGCCACCGGAGCCGUUCCCGCAGCCACAGCAGAGGUCACCGACGGGGGUCCAGAGACAGGAGUUCAAAACACAAAUCUUCUAGAGAUCGAUCUUCAAGAGAAAAGUCACGAGACAGAGAGAGAAAAGAGAAGAGCUCUUCUGAGAGGCGGCACGAGAGCACAAAUGGCAAAUCUCGUUCCAAGAGAUCAGAAGAGAGAGAAGCUGGCGAGAUCUGAACUCAAAUGAUCUGUGUUGCACUGUAAAUAGUCUGAUAAACAUUCUACACAAAGCCUAAAUUUCCCAUUUAUAUUUACUGAAUACAACUCAUCUUUUGUAGUUUGGAAUUUUUAUUGUUUGGCAGAUAGCUGUGAGUUUGUAGAGACACAGAGUUACGUACUGUUUAACAGGAUUUUGUUUUAGUAGGAAUAAAUAAAUCUGGACGGAUCGUUUUCAAUUCGG